UCCGACUCUGUCUGUCCCCCACCAGGAUCCGGAGCUUUCUCCUAUGAUACCUUCCUGGAGGGGCGGCUGGAGGCCAAGCGCCGGGAUCACACCUAUCGCGUCUUCAAGACGGUGACGCGCCGGGCGGAUGCCUUCCCCUUCGCCCGGGAGGCCGCGGGCCCCGAGGUCUCGGUCUGGUGCAGCAAUGACUACCUGGCCAUGAGCCGCCACCCACGGGUGCUGCAGGCUGCCAUGGACGCCCUGCAGCACCAUGGCUUGGGGGCCGGGGGCACCAGGAACAUCUCGGGCACCAGCCAGUACCAUGUGGACCUGGAACGGGAGCUGGCCCAGCUCCAUCGCAAAGACGCCGCCUUGUUGUUCUCCUCCUGCUACGUUGCCAACGACUCCACCCUCUUCACCCUCGCCAGGAUGAUGCCAGGCUGUGAGAUCUUCUCAGACGCGGGGAAUCACGCCUCCAUGAUCCAGGGGAUCCGCAACAGCGGGGUCCCCAAACACGUCUUCCGGCACAACGACCCCCAGCACCUGGCCCAGCUGCUGAGCCGCAGCCCCCCUGGCAUCCCCAAGAUUGUGGCCUUUGAGACUGUGCACUCCAUGGACGGUGGGAUCUGCCCCCUGGAGGAGCUGUGUGACGUGGCCCAUGAGCACGGCGCCCUCACCUUCGUGGACGAAGUUCACGCCGUGGGGCUGUACGGCGCCCGUGGGGCUGGCAUCGCGGAGCGUGACGGGGUGCUGGGCAAGGUCGACAUUGUCUCCGGCACCUUGGGGAAGGCCUUCGGCUGCGUUGGGGGGUACAUCGCCAGCACGGCGGCCCUGGUGGACACGGUUCGCUCCUACGCGGCUGGCUUCAUCUUCACCACCUCGCUGCCCCCCCCGGUGCUGGCCGGCGCCCUGGCCUCGCUGCGGGUGCUGGCUGGGCCCGAGGGCCGGGGGCUGCGCCGGGCCCACCAGCGCAACGUCAAGCACAUGCGGCAGCUGCUGAUGGACGCGGGGCUGCCCCUCGUCAGGUGCCCCAGCCACAUCAUCCCCAUCCGGGUGGGCGACGCGGCCUUGAACUCCCGGCUCUGUGACCUUCUCCUGUCCCAGCACAACAUCUACGUCCAAGCCAUCAACUACCCCACGGUGCCCCGGGGCGAGGAGCUGCUGCGCCUGGCGCCCUCCCCCCACCACACGCCCCCCAUGAUGGACUACUUCGUGGAGCGCCUGGUGCAGGGCUGGCAGGAUGUGGGGCUCCCCCUGCAGCCCCCCGCGUCCUCCGCCUGCCAUUUCUGCCAGCGGCCCCUGCACUUCGCCCUCAUGAGCGAGUGGGAGCGGGAUUCCUUCGGCAGCCUGGGGGCCCAGUGCGUCACCAGCAGUGCCUGAGCCCGGGAUGGACGGCCCCCCCCGGCGUGGGACGGACACCCCCCCCGCUGCACGGGGCAGACCCUCCGGCGUGACCUGACAAGGGCUCUAAAUAAAACCCACUCAGCUUG